GGCGAAUAUCGGCGGCAAUAGUGAUGAAAGAGCGCGCGAGAGAGAGAGAGCGAGAGGCAGAGAGAGACUCUCGCCGGGCCACUUGCCAUUUACUAUUUGCCAGGCGAUUGUCAGUGUGCGAUCGGAUCCUUGGAAUGCCACCUACCUGACCUACGUAAAGCAUAUUUAUACGGUAUUCCCGCCUCUCUUGUCGUCCUGUUCAUUACUACCUACAUAGUAUACCUAAGGUAUCCUUUGUUCUGUUCCUCUCCUCUGUGGCUAAACCAGAGCAGAGUCUACUUACCAUCUUUACAUCCCCAAUCUAGCCUGACCACGACGUGAACACCACCACCACCAUGGCUCCCAUCGCGAUUGACGAGACGAGCAACGGCCACCCCAACGGCACACUGAACGCCAAAGCAGCCACCUUUACCCCUUCGAACGGCUCGUCUGCAUAUCACGCCGCCUCUUCUCAGCAGGCAAUUGACUCCGAGGGGCAGUAUGCUGCUCACAACUACCACCCGCUGCCCAUCGUCUUCGCCCGGGCCAAGGGCGUUUCCGUGUGGGAUCCCGAAGAGAAACACUACCUCGACUUUCUCUCCGCCUACUCAGCAGUGAACCAAGGGCAUUGCCACCCCAAGCUCAUCCAGGCACUCACGGACCAAGCCAGCCGCCUCACGCUCUCCAGCAGAGCAUUCUACAACGAUGUCUUCCCCAAGUUUGCUGAAAAGGUCACCAAGAUGAUGGGCUUUGAGAUGGUGCUACCAAUGAACACGGGAGCGGAGGCUGUCGAGACUGCUGUCAAAGUAGCGAGAAAGUGGGGUUACAAAGUGAAGGGCAUUCCCAAGGACAAAGCACUCGUCUUUAGUGUACAGGACAACUUCCACGGAAGGACAUUUUCUGCAAUCACAAUGUCUUCAGACCCCGAGAGCAGGGACAACUACGGCCCAUAUCUGCCAGGUAUUGGCUCUGUGAACCCAGACACGAACGAGCCAAUUCCCUUCGGCGAUGCGGAUGCACUGGAGGUGGUGCUGGAGAAGUAUGGCAAAGAGACUGCUGCUUUUCUUGUGGAGCCCAUUCAGGGAGAGGCUGGUAUCGUAGUGCCCGAUGAGAGCUAUCUGCAAAGAGUGCGCGAGCUGUGCACAAAGCAUAAUGUACUUCUCAUCUGUGACGAAAUCCAAACGGGCAUUGCACGUACCGGUCGUCUAUUAUGCCACGAGUGGAGUGGUAUCAAGCCAGACUUGGUCCUCCUCGGUAAGGCCAUCAGUGGAGGCAUGUAUCCCGUUUCUGCUGUGCUGGGCUCCAAGGAGAUCCUGUUGACCAUCGAGGCCGGUACACACGGCAGCACGUAUGGAGGUAACCCACUGGGGAGUGCCGUUGCCAUCAAGGCGCUAGAGAUUGUCGAGGAGGAGCAUCUGACUGAGCGAGCGGAGAAAUUGGGACAUGUCUUCCGUGACGGUAUCAGCCAGAUCAUGAAGAGAAACGACAUGAUCCAGCUCGUGAGAGGCAAGGGUCUGCUCAAUGCCAUCGUGAUUGACGAGUCGAAGACUGGCGGCAGGACUGCUUAUCAGCUGUGCUUGCUCAUGAAGGAGAAAGGUCUUUUGGCCAAGCCCACACACAAAAACAUCAUCCGUCUGGCACCUCCGCUCGUCAUCACGGAAGAGGAGAUCAAGUCUGCUCUGCAGAUCAUCGAGAGUGCCGUCAACGAGCUGCCGACGUGGGAGGCCGAGAAAAAGCUGCAGCACAUUCCCGAGAGUGAGAAGAAUGUGCACAUUGGCAUCGAGAACUAGGCAAAGCACAUGUUUUCCCUGCUGGAUAAAAAGCCUUGUUAAAUUGGCAAGUCACUGCAUGAUUCACGACUGGGUUGGCAUGUUUACAUAUUUGUGUCUUCUACUACUACUAGAAGCACUAGAACCAACAGCUAGAUACCCUCGAGCCCACCCUCCAUAGCGCCUAUAGUGGGCAACGAUACAAGAGUGUGCUUCCCUUUUUUGGGGAAAUGCCUUUUUUUCGCCUUACGUCUCGAAAGUCGCGUGCGAGUCCUGUGCCAAGCUUCAUGGACAGAGUGAAGUUUGCAAAGCCCACUUCUUCUCUCUUAGAGUUUUGACAACACACAAAGCUCGCGACGACGUUGAUUUUUUUCUUCUUCUUCUUUUGCUACCGGCAGCGCCAGGCUCGCGCGCUUACUUAUCUUUUGCACAGGCUGAAGUCACCUCGCCGACGCAAUGGCAGAUCGGUCGUCUUCUUCUUCUUCUUCUCCUCCUCCUCCUCCUCCACCACCACCUCAUCCACCCCGGCAAUUGUCGAGGACUCCGAAGCGUGUGCGCUGGGCCGACGAGAUUGGAGAGGCAGCAAACAGCGACUCCGAUUCACGAGAAGUUGUCUUCGAGGGCAGAGAAAGAAGGAAGGACAGCAACAAGAAGGAGAAGAAAAAGAAGAAAAAGAAGGAGAAAAAUACCAUUCCGCCGCCGCGCAAAGAUCCCCUCCACGCCGCCGACGAGGAAAACCCAUCUCCAGCAGCAGACGAAGAAGUCCCAGCACCCACCGAAACCUUCGAAGGCAAAGUCCUCGCCGAACGCAUCCUCACCCUCGUCUCCCCGCACGACCUCCUCAUCAACGUCUCCCGCGUCUGCCAACGCUGGAACGAAAUCCUCGCCACCUCAUCCAUUCUCCAACAAAAACUUUUUCUCAAACCCCAACCCGGUCC